UUUCUCCACAUGUCUAAAGACUGGUUGAAGACAGACCCGCUCACAUACCCCGUCAGACAUCGUCCAGGUAGACAGAGAGAGAAGGACAGGCUGUAGCCCUCCAACACUCAAGGACAAACACCAGCUUGGAAGGUCUGAUGGCUGUGGAGGAGCUGGGCAUCAGCCUGUCCAUGGUGGGCCUGGCAGGCACCAUCUUGAUCUGCGCCCUACCAAUGUGGAAGGUGACGGCCUUCAUCGGCACCCACCUGGUGGUCAUGCAGGUGUUCUGGGAGGGCCUGUGGAUGACCUGCGUGUCUGAAACCACAGGACAGAUGCAGUGUAAGAUCUACGACGCCCUCCUAGACCUUUCCCCGGACCUUCAGGCUGCCAGAGGCCUCAUCGUCAUCAGCAUGGUACUGGGCUGCUUGGGGUUCCUCGUCUUCCUCCUGGGUGCUAAGUGUACCAACUGCCUGAGCCAACCCAGAGUCAAAGCCCGCGUGGUGCAGGCCGCUGGGUUCACCUUCUCCCUUGCUGGCCUCAGCACCAUAGUGGCCGUGUCCUGGACCGCCCAGUCCAUUAUUAGGGACUUCUACAACCCCAGAGUCCCUGAAGUGCUGAAGAAGGAGAUGGGGGCAGCCAUUUACGUGGGAUGGGUGACCUCUGGGUUCCUUUUUUGUGGAGGAGGGGUGCUGUGUAUCAGCUGUCCGCCAGGGGGUGGGCAGAACAGGCAUGGAUCCAGCAGUAGAUACACCCUGGCUAGAAUACCUACUCACAAUCACAGCAGCUAUGCUAUAAAGAACUAUGUCUGAGGGUGGGGUGCUUUAUUUCCAUGGAAAAUAUUGAUGUCAGUGAAUGGUGUAGAGGCAUGUCAGUACAUGUUUGAGAACAUUAUCACUGUGUACUUCAUUUCAUCUGAAUUAUUUCCAUGAAUUGCUAUUCAACAGCUUUGUUGGAUGUUUUUUUAAAAUUAAUAUUAGAUAAUUUAGUUCUUGUUACAAACAUCUGACUGAGGUUGUUGCAGCUAUUAUUUCACCAUGAAAUAUGUUUUCUGAGGGAAUUCCUGUCAUGGAAAUAUAAUCAUGGAAAAUCAAUAGGUUGCUGUUAUUGUUGGCAUGUCAACUGUAUUAACCUGAUUUAUAUCCCUGUAUUGUAAUGUGAAUGCAAUACAUACAUUGAAUUUGAAUCCUAUUCAACUGUGGUAACCUGCUGUUUUGUGUUUUUAUAACAAUAUUAUGUAUUUGGGGAUUUGUGUUCUGUAUGCAAAGAAAAUACAAACAGUAUUCAGUAGGAAACCAAUCAUGUUAUUUUUGCCUGCAAUGUGCCUGAAAAAUAAAUAAAAAGUUUUGAUUAGAAACUAUAUAUCGCAUCCCU